CCCGAGGCAUUUGAGACGACCUCCACCCGUGGGUUCUUCGUCAGCCCAAGCACAGCUUCCUCGUACCUCAGCAUCGUACAAGUCUCCAGCCUCGACAAACUUCAGUCAGAAUGCCUCCCUACGAGAAAUCCAUGGAGAUGAUGCCUUUCAAGCAAAGGAAGUGCCUGGCAACAAGAAAAGAUGAAGUCUGCACUAUUCGGUCUAAGUUCCCCAACAAAUUACCGGUAAUUGUGGAGCGAUAUCUUCGAGAGAAAAAGCUUCCCCUACUGGACAAAACCAAAUUUCUUGUCCCACAUGAGCUGACUUUAGGGCAGUUCCUCAGUCUGAUCAGAAGUAAGAUGGCACUAGAGGCAUCUCAAGCUCUGUACCUACUGAUCUCAGGAAAGAAUGUGUCCUGUUUGUCAGCCAGCAUGGGAGAAGUUUACUCACAGUUCAGGACCCUGAUGGCUUCCUCUACAUAACCUAUGCAUCCCAGGACAUGUUCGGAUGAAAAAACCUUUGAAAAAUGAGCAUUACAUAUAGAUCACGUCACAUACCUCCAGACUGAUGCCUCUCUGAGAUCACGUAUUGCUGCUAAAUGAAGACUCUCACUGUGCAUUACACCUAAAAUCACACAGACCACCAGCACGUGGCCGAGAGGACUCUUCUGGCCUCAUUUCUUAGUAGUUUAAGUUUCUUUGAGGCUAAUGUUGAAGCAUAAUCAGUAUCUUUGAAAGAGGUUCUGAGCUGUCUAAUAUGAAGAACAGUAAAGUGAUGUCACUUGCACUACUUCUCAAGCCUCUCAGUCAUGAGGAUCCAACACAACAAAGAAAGUCCUGUCCCUGAAAGGACCUGGGAUGUCCUGUCACAAUGAGACAGGGUUUGUUCGAUGCUGGUUUCCUUUCCUUGUUCUUUCUGUGACUGUGCAUCUGUUCCUAAAACAAAUAUUUAUAAUAAUUUAGGAG